ACCAAAAGAAGAGAGAGUUGCCAAAAAGAGUACUUUGUGGGAAUGCUGUUGAACAUGCCACAUGGCAUUAGAAAAUUAUAAUUUGGUUACCAUUCUGUACAUGCUUGCAAACUCAUUUUUGAUAAGGCACAUCUACCAGAAAACAAGGCUGAUAAGCCAAUUUAAUUCAAGAUUUCCUGCCAAUAAAGUUUUGCAUUUUGAAAUCGCUUAUACGACAUUUCUGUGAAUGAAACAGUGAGCAGCUGGACCCAUUCAUUCCUUACUAGCAAUAACUUCCUGGAGUAUCAGAUGCCUCUACACGGAAUGGUAACAGUACUUCAUGAAGCUGCCUCCUGUUACCACACAGUGAACUGCAGUGAUGGUAAGAAGAAUUAAUUAAGGAAAAAGGAGGAAAUGUACCUAAGCUUAAAACUCUAUAUUUGGUAAUAAUGAGACAUAACAGACAACUUUUUGAAAGAUUAGAUCAGUAAACAGAGAAAAGAUACUCAAAGGCCAUAUUUUGUCAGUAAUAAUUAUGACAAAAGGUCAAGAAAUGCUCCAGGUUAGGAAAGCCUGUCUGUUAAUUUGCUUUCUUCAGGGCAAAAAAAAGGUGUUAAUGAAGAAAAAAAAUUUCACCCACAAAGUGUGAGCAAAGCAGACACUGAAACUGUGUUUGCACAAGAAGUAACACUGGGGGAGUGGUUAGGAGAUAAGAUUUAAAAAAAAAAAAAAAAAGAAAAAGUAAAGGAAUGAUUUAAAAAAAGGAAGUUUAGUGAACACAACUAAAUACACUGAGCAUAUGAAACCGAAGCAUGCAGCUCACUUAGUAAAACCCAGUCAUGAGAAAUACUGCAGAUGAUAUCAGAAGCCAUUUGCAAAGCACAGCAAUAUACAGAAGAGGGAACAGAAGCCGAAGCAUCAAAAGCGUCACCCGGACUUUACAGCUGUCUCUGGCUAAGAAGUCAGUUCACAGCCAGAGGAAGGUCUAAGUCUCAGAGCUGGGAUGCACAGUGGCUCUUCCAGCUGCCCCUUGCUCCGAGGGGUGGACACAUGAACACUCCUGCCUGCUCACAGGGAGAAGAGCUAGAGGAACUGUGAACAACUCUGCCAACAGCACUAGCUUCCCAUCACGGAAACACCCAAGUGUUUCAUCGCUCCUCCACAACACACUACGGAAAGGGUGGAAAGACGAAGUGCAAAUGAAAGUCAUAACCAACUUCAGCUACCCUAGAAACAACAGCAACUGCACCAGCGAUAACAAAAUCAGUCAAGUCAUUUUUCCUUUGCUUUAUACAGUUCUGUUCCUGGUGGGUAUCACAAUGAAUGGCCUGGCAAUGUGGGUCUUUUUUAAAAUAUCCAGUAAAUCCAAUUUCAUCAUCUUCCUCAAGAACACUGUCAUUUCUGACUUCCUUAUGAUCUUGACUUUUCCAUUUAAAAUUCUUAGCGAUGCAAAGUUGGUAUCAUGGGUACUGAGAGGAUUUGUGUGCCAGGUCACCCAGGUUGUAUUUUACUUUACUAUGUACAUUAGCAUUUCGUUUCUUGGUCUGAUAACUAUUGAUCGCUACCAGAAAGCUGCUUCACCAUUCAGAACGUCAACACCAAGGAGCCUCUUGGGGGCAAAGAUCCUUUCCACAGCAAUAUGGAUAUCAAUGUUUGCUCUUUCAUUACCCAACAUGAUUCUAACAAACAAGAAGCAAACACCUAAGAACGUAAAAAAGUGUGCUCUCUUGAAAUCAGAGUUUGGCUUAGUCUGGCAUGAAAUCGUAAACUACAUCUGUCAACUUAUCUUCUGGAUUAAUUUAGCAGUUAUAGUUGUAUGCUACAUACUCAUAAGUAAAGAACUGUACAAAUCCUACAAAAGAACAAGAUCCACAGGAAAGGCAUCCAAAAAGACUGUAAAUCUGAAAGUUUUCAUCAUUAUCACAGUGUUCUUUAUUUGCUUUGUGCCAUUUCACUUUACUCGAAUCCCCUACACCUUGAGCCAAACAAGAGAUGUUUUUGAAUGCUCUGCUCAGAACACCUUGUUUUACUUGAAAGAGAGCACGCUAUGGCUGACAUCACUAAAUGCUUGCCUAGACCCAUUCAUAUACUUUUUCCUUUGCAAAUCAUUUAGAAAGUCUUUGCUCAACAUGCUGUGCAAGCACACAGCAUCGUCAGAACAUAGAGCACAGACGAAAGAGCAGAACGAAGGAGAUGACACAGAUGAAACACCACUCUAGAGCUACCACGCUCCUUCUUGGCCACGUAUGUUUACUGAGGGAGAAAGGGUGGCAGCUGCAUUUCCUGGUCAGACCUGCUGUCAGACAACAGGUAUAGCACAGCUCCCUGUGCACCCCUUCACUGACAGGAUACAUGGAGGCACUCAGCACCUGCCUCUUACUGCUGGGAACAGUGUGUGGAGGUCAGUUUAGAAGAAAACAUGCAAGGUGCUGCUGUGUACAUCGGUCCUGGGGUAUUACAAUGGCCCAUCUCAGCUUUAUCUCGUCCUUGGUGAAUGACAGAAAGUCAGGUCAGGCAGUUAGGGACACCACUGGUGACAGUAGUGAAGGUGACCUUCAUGCUGGUCAUCCUCAAGGUUCUUUGCUCUCUGCCAGCCAUUUAACACUGACAUCAGCAUGCAGACCUAUGUCAAUCAAAACGUAGCUAUUAAUGCACCAACUUGCUGCCAAUACAGCUGCAGCUUGAGAACCUCAAAAGCAAAAAAUACCUGCCCACAAGGACGGCUUGGAUGUGAGCCAUUCCCUCGCCCAGCGGCGAGGAGCCAGAACCCUAAGUCGCGUCAGUCAACAGGAAAAAUACAAGACAAAUCACAUGACCCAGUUAAACUUAAACAAAAGGUUCUGUUUACAGAGCAAUCCACUAGAUUCUAACAUUAUACAUAACAAACACAUCAUAAAUACAAGCAGUGGCAGCAGCCUCUGCCAGAACCAGAAAGCAUCCGUAACCAGCAUGCUGCAUCACCUGGACACACUGAUGCCAAAAGAAACCAGAAAUCCCAUUCAAAAGAUCAAAAGCCAACCUUAGACUCAUAUGUCAAUAUUAACAGGCUACUGAGAGAGCAUACAGUUCCUGAACAUGUGCACAUGACUUUGUAGAUGAGACCAGUGUAAAGGUGUAUAACCCAGUAAAAGGGUGGCUCAGAGCAGCCUU